CAGCCCGGGCGCCCCCGGAGCGGCGCGCGGAGGGAGGAGGGCGGGCGGGCGCGGCGGGCCGGGCCGGCGGGCGGCGGACUAUGAGGCGCCCACCAUGGUGCGAUGCGACCGCGGGCUGCAGAUGCUGCUGACCACGGCCGGAGCCUUCGCCGCCUUCUCGCUCAUGGCCAUCGCCAUCGGCACCGACUACUGGCUCUACUCCAGCGCGCACAUCUGCAACGGCACCAACCUGACCAUGGACGACGGGCCCGCGCCCCGCCGCGCCCGCGGCGACCUCACCCACUCGGGGCUGUGGCGGGUGUGCUGCAUCGAAGGGAUCUAUAAAGGCCACUGCUUCCGGAUCAAUCACUUCCCAGAGGACAAUGAUUAUGACCACGACAGCUCCGAGUAUCUCCUUCGCAUCGUGCGCGCCUCCAGCGUCUUCCCCAUCCUCAGUACCAUCCUGCUGCUUCUCGGCGGGCUCUGCAUCGGCGCUGGAAGGUUCUACAGCCACAAGAACAACAUCGUCCUCAGCGCGGGCAUCCUCUUUGUGGCCGCGGGCCUCAGCAACAUCAUAGGCAUCAUUGUCUACAUUUCCAGCAACACGGGCGACCCGAGCGACAAGCGCGACGAAGACAAAAAAAACCAUUACAACUACGGUUGGUCUUUUUACUUUGGAGCCCUGUCCUUCAUUGUGGCCGAGACCGUGGGAGUCCUGGCUGUAAACAUUUACAUUGAGAAAAAUAAGGAGUUGAGGUUUAAGACCAGACGGGAGUUCCUCAAGGCUCCCUCCUCAUCUCCGUACGCCCGGAUGCCGAGCUACAGGUACCGGCGACGGCGCUCGAGGUCCAGCUCCAGGUCCACCGAGGCCUCUCCCUCCAGGGCGGCGUCCCCGGUGGGCCUGAAGAUCACCGGGGCCAUCCCCAUGGGCGAGCUGUCCAUGUACACGCUGUCCAGGGAGCCCCUCAAGGUGACCACGGCCGCCAGCUACAGCCCCGACCAGGAGGCCAGCUUCCUGCAGGUGCACGACUUCUUCCAGCAGGACCUGAAGGAAGGCUUGCACGUCAGCAUGCUGAACCGGCGGACGACCCCUGUGUGAGCUGCCCCUUCCUCUCAGCGCCGGCCUGUCCCCAGAACCGCUGUGUGGAUCCCACACGAGGGCACCUGCCCCUUAAGACAGACCAACGAUGGACGGAAGCCAAACCCACCCCUCCCUGGUCUCCAGCAAGUGUCGCGGGCUGGUUUGGUGCCAAGACACCCCGGGAGAUGGGAAGUGGAGGCGGAAGGCUGACUUUGUCCCCAGAGAGCGUGUCUGAUGCCCCGGGAUUCUGAAAUCUCCUGAGGCUGCAUGGCCUGGAGCGACCCCCUGGGGAAGACCAAAUCGAGCCAUUAUCUCCUCUCAGAAAAAAAUUUUGCCAGAAGAAUGGGCUUUUGGGGUCCCCCCCACCCCGCUGCCUGCCUGGGUGCUGGGCCACUGGGAGGGCCUCACCGGGCACACGGGGACCUUUGGACACUGGUCUGCUGCUUUCUGAUCUGAGGUUUCCGAGUCCCUGAGUGGGAAACAAGGAAGCCGGAGCUUGCCCCCUUCCUGUCUAUCGAGCGCCUUUCUCUUUCUCCCUCUCUCUCUCUCUCUGUGGCAGUGGCCAGUUGUUGAAAUAACAGUAAUCCUGAGGAGAAAGCCCUGUGGCCAACUGGUGCUUUGGCCUUUGUGCUGUCCUGGGGCCAGCUUCCCUCAACCUGAGGAGACCAAGGCCUGUGGAAGAAUCUGCAGAGGGGGAGGCCUUCGCUGGCCGGGGCGAUGAG